AUGGCGGGUACUGAAAACCAGCCGCCCGAUGGCCCAGCAUGGCAUGAAAACCUCAACAUGCACCUCAUCUGUCCUGAUUGCAAACAGGUUCCGCCUGAGCUGAUUGAAGAGAACGCGGAUACCAUCUGUGCCAAUUGUGGGAUGGUUUUGGCAGAGCGUCUGGUCAGCUAUGAGUCUGAGUGGCGAACAUUCAACUCAGACGAAGGCAAGGGUGAAGAUCCCAACCGUGUCGGUGAAGCUGAUAACGAACUGUACCUCACAAACAAUGCGGGAACCAUGAUUGGUGGGGGUGGUCCUAAUGUCUCCAAGGAAACUAGGAGACUCAAGAAGGCUCAGGCUAUGCAACUGGAAAACAAAGCAGAUCGAGCUCUGCAGGCUGCAUAUGCUCAGAUCGAGGCUUGGGGAGAAAAGGCCAAGUUGACGGCCCCGGUAAAGGCUGCCGCCAAGUCUUAUUACAAGCGAGUUUACGAGGCAAAUGCCCUUCGAGGCAAGCAGUUGGACAGUAUCCUUGCUGGCUGCGUAUUCAUCGCCUGUCGUCAACUAAAAGUGCCGAGAACCUUUAACGAAAUCUUUGGCAUGACUUCGGUCCCCAAGAAAGAAAUCGGCCGUGUUUACAAACAACUGCAGAAUUUCUUGAGCAAGUUUUCUGAGGAGAAGAAUGCGGAAGUCGUCGCCACUGGCGGCAUCCCCAAUAGCACCGCCGACUUCCAUGCCACCACGUCAACCAAGCCGGAAGAUCUCUGUGGCAGAUAUUGCAACAUGGUUGGCCUCAAUUAUAGGGUUCAGACAAUCGCCGAGGGCCUGGCCAGGAAGAUCCCUACCAUUGAGGGUCUUGCCGGUCGCAGCCCGCUAUCCAACGCUGCUGCGUGCACAUUCUUUGCCAGCCAUCUGAUAGGGUUCGGCAAGCCCAGUAAGCAGAUCAGCGAGGUUGCGGGCGUCAGUGAUGCAACUAUCAAACAUGCUUACCGCUAUCUCCUUCAGGAGAAAGAGCGUCUGGUCGACCCAGAAUGGCUCGGACAACAGCCCAUGCCUAAUGGAGGCUUUGGUAGAUUGGAGAAUCUUCCCGGCGCAUGA